AUGGAAGCAUCAAAUUCACAACAUAUAAAAUCCAUGCAGAAUAGUGAGCAUGAUCAAAAUGUGUAUCAAGAAGAUACAAAUAUUAGUUUAUCGCAAGGGAACUAUGUCGAAUCACCUCAAAAUAUCGGAAAGACCAUUUCUAUGAGUGGAUAUUACACAAUUCCACAUGAAGGUGAUAGAUCUAUGGAUGCAAAUAAUAUUCCAUAUAUAAUACCGGAUGGUACUGAAUCGAGGAUACCUAUAGAUCCAACAACUAUGCAAGCUACUGCAGCUUUAAACCAAAGUUUAAUGUAUCAAAACCAUGGGCUCCCAGCAGAUUAUCCGUAUCAAAUGUUUAAUGGAAUGAACUCAAUGUAUGGAGGGAUUCCACAAUAUUAUGGAGGAAUGAAUAUGCCAAUGAACCCAUACUAUGAUCCAUAUGGACUUAUAAAUCCAUUAUCUUGCUCUCCCGUAAAUACAGAAAAAACCAAAAAAAAAGUUAAAAGAUUUUAUUGUUGUUAA